GACCGAAGAGCAGUCUUGUAAAGUGGUAGGUGUAGCUCGUAACUCGAAACGAUGCGGUCCCGAUCGCGGGCAACCUUGUCUCGCCUCCGCACGGCGGGUUGCUUUUGCUCUCCGCUCCUCGCGUCGCUUGCGUUCCUACUUCCCGGAGUCGCGGUAGCAACGUUUGACUUUGCUCGCGAGGCCCAGUUGAUUUCACGCCAGCAGGAAAUUGCGGACUUGCUCUCUACCCUUUCGCGCAGCCGAAACAGCGCAGCUGACCGCCCCCUAGCGGUGACGCCGCGACUGCAAGACUGGUUUAAGAGCUCGAUUGGCGUGCAAGAAACGUACGACGGACGGUAUCGGAGCGGUGUAGGCAAUAAGGAGAAGGAACUUUUGGGAGAAUCGGCUGCAGCAGAACAUAAUCAAACACGCGUUGCAGAAGUAGAAAGAGAACUGAGGCCUCCAAAGAUUUUGUUUAAGAAGGUCCUGACGACCUCCACCACUCGAAGUGCAAACGCGAGGAACGCGUUUGUCCAGCCGGCCUUCCGGGCGAUUCACUUUCUCGGUGCCCCUGCGCAUUCGUCCGAGCACGACGGCACCAGCUCCAGCUUGUUGACACGGAUAUGGGGAGCUAUCACGGCCCUGCCUGCGGCAAAGAAAGCGAAAAACUCAGCUGGGAAAAAGGGGAAUGGGAAGCAAAAAGUGGAACCACCAAGGUCGCUCAGUAAGGAGCUGCGGGUUUUGCGGGUGCCGAUCGACGGGACCAAUGUGGAAAUUGGAACGCCCGUGUCGGCCGCGUCCGACGGCCGUGCGGCUAGCAGUACUACAGCGGCUGAUACGACUCUGUCGUUCUCGCAACUGUUUCCACCCGGUAUAGAGUCGAUGGCGUUCUUGAAAAGCGGGCCAGUACAGCCGAUUGCGCAUCAGACGGUGCGGAAGCAGGGAGCCACGAACGAAACGGCUACGGAACAAUCGCUUUCAACAGCAGAAACAUCAACCAUCCUCUCCAUCCAGCCGGUAAACCGCCGGGCCGUCUGGUUGAUCCGUGGCUUCCCGGCAGAUCGCACCUGGCAGGCCGAGCAAUGGGCGUGUACUGCAACCCCGAAAUUACUGGCCUACACGACGAGAAUGCCGUUUAAGAGCACAGCUACUGCUGGGCGAAAUCUUCAGACGGAGAAUACAAAAAGCCCCUCAAGCACCAGCAGUUUCCCAACCUCGUUGUCUACCCUUCAGAUCCUCUCUGGCGGCCGGGAAUUCCUCACUGCUGACGACGCAGGCCGGAUUUUCCUGCUGUCCUCCGCUGUUACCACCAGCACGCUGACGUGGACACCUUCGCCAAACGGCACUGAAACAACCGGUACUAGUGGAGGAUCAAAUCGCGGCCGCGGGUCGAACAAAAUCAUGUUCCACGAGAUUUCCGAGAAGCUCUCCGUUCGCGUCGCGGAUACUCCUGUUCUGGGAAUUAUGUCUGUCGCGGGUACUAGUGUCGCGGAGCGCUCCUUGUUUUUCACGAAAUCCUACUUCGGCUACUUUGCCGCGAAGCAAGCAGAGGUGAUGCAGCCCCUCUGCGGCGGCUGGACGGACGCCUGGCGGAUUUCGCAAGUCGUGCCUGCGCAGAACGGGCUGCGCAUCUUCGUCUUGCUGACGAACGACAGAGCGAAGCGCAGCCGGAUUCUCGUCUACCUAUCCGACCGCACGCCGGACCCGUUCUCUGGCGUGAAGAAGCGGCAGGGGGCGGAGAAGUUGUGCUUACUGGAAAACCGGUUCCCGGAAGUCGGAGGAAAGUUGACAAAUUUGCACGUGAUCGCCGACCGGUACGUAUUUGCGUUGCAGGAGCUGCGGCAAGAAGGAGGCAGUGCAACUGUUGCGGGACGAAAUAGUGCGCAAGAAUCGCCAGGUGGUAAAAGGCUCGUUUUCUUCGGUUCUGAGUUUGAACCGGGUACGAACGACCCGAUCGGGAUUUACGGCGGCACGCAGUCGCACCAUCCGCAAGGGAAGGUUUUUUUCUUCGACGACUUGCUGCCGGACCUGGCAAUCUCAGACUUCGCGAUUUCACCUUUUCACGGGGCCACCAAUCCGCAGCUGCUGGUGGUGAAUGCGAGGAGCCGGGCGACUGCUUUGAAAGCUUCUUCGUCAGGUCGUGCUGGACCAAAUCAAGCAAAAGUGGCUCCAUCUGAUGAAGAAGUCCUGUACCAAUUCCAGAUCUCGAAACUGGUUGCCGCUGCUACAGCCGAUGAGAAGGAAAAUGGAGCACUGGGGAAAUCCGGAAGGAGUGGCACAGGCAGCAACAGGGCAGUUCCACCAGCAGAUCUUCACGAAACGAUCCUAGGCCGUCGCGGACGACCCCCUAGGGUAUACCGCACAACCGAACGGGACGAGCUGAUCGCAAAGAAACGAGCCGCUUCGGGCAAGAAUUCGAAACAAACCACUUCUCUCUUCAGCGACGAGGAUGCGGGUGGAUUACGCGACGUUGCCGAUGAGCACCUGGCGCGUAAGCCCUGGUGGCGCCGGGUCUGGGACAAGAUCUACUUACCGAAGGGGAUUAUCAUGUUCCUCCUCAUUGCCGCACUUUGCUCCUACACCGUCAUGAAACAACGGCACAAACACAACUACGACGGGGACCGGCUGAGGGGGAAGUUUUCGCAGGAGCAGAUUUUAAAAGGGUUGAAAAAGGAGGCGGAAAGGGUGCAGAAAGAGGCGGAAGAGAUGGCGAAGGGAACAAUAGGAGCAGACGGUGAAGAGGGAGAGGGGGAGGAAAAUUUGGAAAAUCAGAAUGUUUUGAGACAGAGGAUAAGCGGGCGCGUGCCGUUGCUUCCACCAGCCGCGGAGCAGAGGAUGCUAGAAGAGGACGAAGUCGAAGAUGAAGAAGGCGGCCUGGAGAUUGUUGACCGGGACGAGGAUGCCACUGCAUUACAAGAUGGCGCAGGCGAGUCUGCGGAGGAAGUUGAUGAAGGGGCUGCUGAAAGUAACAUGCUGCAAACAUGAGUUUGACUUCAGUUGCGCGAUUUGAUGUUAGGUUAGGAGCUAUGCAGCUGCAAAAAUUUUUUGCGCCAACCAAUAAAAACAAAAAGAAACGUGAACAAGAAAAUGGCCGCUUUAUCAGUCGUUUCUGCAGUGUUAGAAAACACGAGGCCUCGCACUGCAUCGACAGUUCAAAAUCUUAACAUCACCGACCAAGUUCACAUUCGUACGGUACAACGAACAGGUUGCCGCAGAAAAAGAUCUACUGCCUUUGACCGCUGGUUCUGAUUCUUCAUAGGAGCACUACGAUUUGGUUUUGGAUGUCAAUCGCUAGUCACACUGACCUCACUUUUUUCAGCACUAACAUUCAGUCAGUCUUAUC